CACGUCCGUUUUCCCCGUCGUUCACCCUCGCGGCCUGCGGCAGCUCGCAGACGACUCCGGUGAGCCCGCCCGGUACGUCCAGCCCGGAGAAUUGUCCAAGAAUUGGAGUCUGACGAUGCCGUGAUCCGACGUGUUCCGGAUGCGCGAGAGUGAGCCCGCUCAGUUUGGAUCGUCACAAUGGGCACCAGAUAUGCAGCAUACAGUCUCAAGCUCGCUAGUCUGCACGACGCUUAUCAGCGGCUACUUUACGGGACUCAGCCGAUACCUUCCGGCUUAGACAUCGCAAACAUAUUGAAAUACUUUUCCCAAACGUUGCUAUGUUUGUUGAAAGAAUCGUCCGUGUCGCCGUUCGACAUGAUCAAGUCGCAAGAGCUCGACGGGGAACGAAUGGCGUUAUUCCCAAAUUUGGACUACAAGCAGCUUUACAACGCGCUGACACAAAUGAUUGACGUCGCACCACUGAUUCACAUCGGCCUACCAGCGUUCGGGAAGGCCCUGCUACAAUGUCUAGCGUGCAUGUUGCUGUUCCUCGAUCACGAUCUGAUAGACAAUUUGUCGUACUUAACUGCCAGUACGAUAUCCAUACUUCCCGUGGAGCUACACGAAGAGAUCGUCAAUUAUCUCUGUUUUUACAUUUUACCGUUCACCAUCACAAGAAAACCCGAAAUUGGAGACGAGAGUGCCGCUAGCCAAUCAGUGGCCGCUGUUAUAAUGAUGGUGUUUCAAUAUUCCAAUAAUCCAGCGCAUCACUGUCAACUGCUGGAGUGUUUGAUGGCUCUGAAGCCAGGAGUCGUGAAGGACAUACUUUGCGUUAUCGCCUACGGCACCGCGUCGGCGAGAGCGUCAGCUGCGAAAUUGCUGUUCUACUACUGGCCUUCGUUUAAUCCCAAUCUAUUCGACCGUCGCGCGGUGCUGGUAAAAUUUGCCAACGAUUUCACCCCGUUCGUAUGCCAACGGGAUAGCUGUCCGAAUGCCGGUAAUGCGGAAGCUGCCAAAGUUUGUUACAAUCACCACAUUUCCAUCACGUACGCCGUUGAAUGUCCGCCUCCUCUUUAUCUCUGUAUCGAGUGCGCGAACGAGAUCCAUCGGGACCACCCGAAUCAAAUGUUUUGCGACAUUUUGCAUCCGAUGCAACAGGUGUCCAUGAUCUGCGAGAACAAGAACUGCAGAGGAGCGGACAAAUCGGCUAUCAGCGUUUGCUUAUCGACAGAAUGCGCGAGUUACAAUGGCAAUCAUCCUAUAAGAUAUUGUCAGCAGUGUCACAGUAUCCGUCACAACAAUCGUCGUGGCGGCGAUCACGUUUAUCACACGGCGCUUCCGCACAUCUCGCAGCUGGACCCGCAAGCGCAAACUUAUAUGGUUCAGGCGAUUGUCAGUUUACUCAGAGAAGCUGAACCGAUAAGUAUCGAUAGCAAUCGGGACACAGACAUAAGUGCUAGUACUAGCAAUAAGGGUGGCAUGGGAUUCGUAGGGAGUACCAGUGGGAGCGGUGCUGGCGGUAUCGGGAGUACAUUUGGUCAUUGCGACCCAACAAGUCUGGAGGAACGACAGCUCCUUGGCAGAUAUGGCGUAUGGCUGCUAGUGGGACUUUGUACCCCUAACGAGGAUACCCCGGUUGAAAUACUGGGCCGUUUAUUGUCAAUGUUAUUUCAUUGGUUUCAUGUCACUGCCUACUGUUUCGAUGGUAUUGAAAAAAGACUUAUACACCUUAUCUUUUCUGUUGGCCAAGCGGAGAGCGCGCUCGAGAAGCUAAAAACGGAGUACGUUUGCGAGUGGCUGUCGGAAGUUAUGAAAACACAUUACGAAGUAUUUAUUUCCUGUCUUCUCCCACAUCCUGCGGACUAUGUCAGAGUCGGUGGUCACUGGGAAACCUUGGCUUCACGGACAUCGCAUUUGAAAGACGGACUGCAUCGGCUAUUCUGUCUGGUACCGUACGAAGUGAUUACGCCCGACGUAUGGGAUUACGUGAUGCCGCACUGGAUGGAAGCGGUGGUAAAUGACGUUCCCGAAAAUGAACUGCAGGAGCUAAAAAUAAUAUUAAGCAAGAUUUUGGAUCGGGACAUGAAUUCUUUAGGAUUUGACGUGAAGAAAAUGUACAACUUUAUAGCGAAGCGUUUCGUCAAUACGAGCGCUAAGGUGCAAGAACAGGCCCUCAAUUGGUUGCAAACGCUUACCAUGCUGGAAAUAACGUUACCCCUUGAUCAAUUAUUUUCAAUAUUCAGCGACGGAGUUACUGUUAUGCAGUCAAUGAGCUCGGCAGAAUCAGAACUAAAGCUAAACAAAUCUACGAAGGAAGACGAUAUAAACAUUACAUGUCCCAUAGUGGAAAAUGAUUCAGGGAAAUCAACACCACUUUCCGAUGACGUAGUACCAACACCGAGACACAUGGAAUUUACAACAAACGCUGAACUUAAUCUAUCUUGUUGCAUUCUCAUGCUUGAUAUAUUAUUGAAACAAAUGGAACUACAAAAUGUAGACAAGCAUACCGGACUUAAUACAAAGGUUUGCCGAGAUGCUUGCCAUUUAAUGAAGUCCAUAGUUACGUCCAAUUGGAACAGUUCCCACGUGUGCGAUACGUCGGACAUCGAAUGUUCUUAUUGCGAGUCGAGGGUAAUCUGGCACCAGUUAUGUCUACAAUUAAUUACUUACAUGGCACCGGAAAAUCCGGCGUAUCCGCCCGACCCGAUCGUGGAUGAAACCGCGGAGGAGAAUGCUCGUAAAAGUUCACCGGAAACGACAAGGAAGGGCGAUUCGAAACCAGAUGUAGUCAUCAACAUGCCAAUACCAGAAAUGCAUUCUGUCGGCGGGGUCCUAGUUCAUAUGCCACACUUCUUCGAACAGAUUAUGACAGCGACAGUAGAGACAGUUUCGGAACAGCUGGACCUCGCAGCUAUCAUGCCAACGGAGAAGAUCAUGUCAGCCGUCGCGAGAACGGUCACACUGUCAGAAACGGACGUCGCUACCGCAACAGUGAGCGUGGCAAAACCACAUCUGAUAGGCGAAAACGACGAACCCGUGAGCUUAAGUCCGGAAGCUGACUCGGAAGACUUUUGGCACACCUCUGUAGGAAAGUUUCGUUUUACGAUUGAAGAAUUACCGGAGCAACUUCAAUAUAUUCACAAACUACUGAAGGAGAUAAUGACGAUCGACAAACCAGACAUUCUUUACUACAUGCUGCAGUGCUUAAACGUGAUGUGCUUGUAUGGUGACGCGUUUAAUACGGCGGUGAAGGAUCAUCAAGGAUUCUUUAUAUGGUGCCAAGAGAACUUGUUGAUAAAAAACUUAUGGGAGCUCCUAAACGCAGAGCAUUCACACAUAGCACAAGUGACCGUUCCAUUAUUAUUGCAUUGUGUAACAUUACCCUGCGGCACCGAUACUUUCUGGCGGCUUGUACAAGAAGAGUUUCACAAUUCCGACUGGCGCGUUAGAUUCGUCGCAGUCGAACGUGUUACAUUAAUCGCGAGAUUUAUGGACUCAACGCCGUUGCGGAAUAUAUUGAGUCUUCAAGCUGCAUUAGCAAAUGCGUUCUGUUACUUAAUCACGAGCAUGGACGACAAUAACGUGUAUGUUGCGCAGCGUGCUACUUUGUAUCUCGGUACUAUUCACGACACGGCAAUUAGGUCGUUAAUUUUAUGCUUGGAGACACAAUUCGAUUCCGUAAUCGUAGACCGGCCAAUGGUAUUGCAAUCGCUCUAUCAACUACACAAUAGCCUUAGCGAUCGACGUAUCUUGACGUGGGAAUUUUUCUUGAAUCGAUUUGACACGCUAUUUCUCGAGGCUCAAAUCAAUUUGGAGAAGUCUGGAGAUGUGACUUACUUGCGCGACCUGAAAAAUACGGAUAUGAACAGCGAGGUGUUCAUGAAGAAGCUGCAUCGCGCGCACGAAGCACUUUCUCAAUCCGACGGUAGCGGGACAAGUUCCGUGAAGACGCUGAGCGCGAGUUUCGGCACAAAGUGGCCUUACAAGCGUACAAUGUCCGCACCCGCGUCGAUGAUACCUCGGCAAGACACGAAGCAAGAAAAGGAAAAGGUGUACAGCCGACAGUAUUCCGCGCCAAUCUUGAAAAGGAAGAGCUCGAGAUUCGGACUGGGUCAGUUGUUGGGGUCCACCCCGCCUAAUAACAGUAUUUCAGAUGGUCACAUACAUUCAUUGAACAUGGUCGACGAAGCUAGCACAUUACCAGGAUAUACCCACAAAAUCGUUGAUCUUGAAGAAGCAGAUAAAGAAACUAUGCAUCUACUAGUUUUCCUCUUAAUGCAAUUUCUAUCGAGACAGGAUCAGGCCUAUCCGACGGACGAGAAACCAAUGUCGAAAACACAGGGCAUAGUCUUGCGACACUUGUAUCUUCUUUUGGGAUACAAUCAAACUGAACGCACUUUUCAUACUACUCCACAACGUUUACGGCUUUCGCCGGCGUUUAACGUCUUUAUUGCCAAUUUGCCACAAUUGUUAGACCAGAAUCAUGUGAUGGGUUGGCUGAUGACGCCACCAAUUCUGGCAAUAUUACAAUACUGUCCUUGUCCUCCGCAAGCUACACCCCCCACUGGUGAGCAGCAACCACCGAAUUACAGUCUUUGGUAUUUGGAGCCACACAUCAGACGGUCUUGGUUGAUGUCUCUGCUUGUUAUCUUGUACAAGUGUCAAUACGGACAACAACCAUGGUGCAAUCAACUCCAAGCAUUAGUGAAGAUAGUGUUGAAUACGCUCAAUACGCAGCACCAUCAGUGCAAAAGGAUACCGGCGACUAUAGUUAUGGGUGCACCACCCUCCAGAUCUCGCGAUGUGUCUCAACCUUCGCUCGGUGUUGAACACGAAUUGACAGCGAACACGGUGGGAGAAAUAGACACAGAAACCCCGCCGCUGCGCGCACCAAUCUCGGUGCAUCAACGCAGUCCCGGAGGGAUGCACGGACAAAUGGAAACCCAUUGGGAGGAGAAUAACAGUCCAGCGUGCCGUUAUUUCAACAAACAUUUUACCAGCUAUUCGAUCAAUGCGGAUGAUACGGAGUCCGAGCUGGCAGCGAUCCCUGAGAGCCCAAAAUCUGACAGCACCUUACAUGGCAGCAGCGGAGGAUCCCUUGGGGAAUUGGAAGAAACGGUUCCCAGAAAUGCAUCUCUUCAAGAACCACGUAUGUCAAUCGUGUCGGACGGGACGAGUAUGGUUGAGUCAAACAACCGAAACAUUAGCAAGUCAAAGACGGAAUCCACAACGAAGCCUACAUGGUUCUUAGGUGGAAACGAAGAUGAAGUUAGUCAGGGAAAUAAGGGCGGUCCUCAAAAGAAGUGGAGUGUAUACGAAGGAGUAAAAAUGAUGGUAACAAGCACAUUUCUCACUGGACAACAAGAGCCUCCAAGACUUUUUCCUAAAACAGCUACACCGCCGAUAAAAAACGGCAAAGGACACUUACCUUACAAUGGAGAUACAUCGAGAUCGUAUGAUUUAUCAAGCGCGUUUGCUCUUGCAACCAGUAUUUCUCAUAUUCAAAGACCUGAAUUACCAAAGAUAAAGGAUAAGGAGACAGAAAAGAAAGGAAAGGAGAAAGAAAAGGAAAAGGAGAAGGAAACGGAGAAGGAAAAAGAAAUGGAAAUGGAAAAGGAGAGAGAAAAGGAAAAAGCGCUCGUAAAACCUGCCGGGAGUAAUAAUAUUGAGCCUUUAAACGCGAAACAUUUAGGUAGACAGAAACAUGUGGAACAGAUCACAAUUACAGCGACUUCGCCGAUUUCACCUUGCCAAGUAAUUACAGUGACGAACAGCGAUAAUUCGAGCUCGCCAGCGCUGAGUUCUUCUAUAUCAUCACAGGUCAUAAGUACAGAGAAUGGACAGCAAACAGGUGAUCCCCCCACUAGUUCGCAACCUUUGAUAACUCCGACCGUCGAACGAUUGCUUCCCAUUGGUACAAUAGCUCGAGCGACUGGCUCGCGAACCGCGCAACGUGUAUUAAAAUGCGAAGACACAUAUGGCUCUCCAGAAUCACCGUUGUCAAAAAUGGACAUUUUGACAGUCAGUUCUUCGUUCGAGCAAGAUAGCGAAACUGGCUUGUCCAGCGACAUUACGAGUCCGCAUAGCAUUUCCCAACUGGAGUUUCCAACGCCAGAACGACUGCUACCGGUUGGUCCUCAGAGAGAUUUUUCCAGCUUAGUCGAGCGAGUGCGUCAGGCUCUCGAUAUUUCAGACAUAGAAGAUACGAAUAAAUCGACUGAGGAUACAAAGCGUGACAUUCGUGAUGUGGCACUCACGAAGCAGGACAGCGGAACAUCUGAAAAUAUGUCAACAUCACUCGUACCAACAUGUAAUGAAGUUAAUUCGAGUAGAUCGGCAAGUCCGAGAAGGCUAAUUAAACAGGUGGCUUUGGAAUCGUCUCCACCAGCGAUCGACCCCGGAGAUUUUAUUUCAAAAAUAGCAGACUAUGACCAGAAGCUCAGAGGUUCGAAGGAUCAAUUUCGGAUUCAACGCGACAGAGGACGAAAGAUCACCGCUAUAACGGAUCAAGAUGCGAUUACACACGCGAGGCGAGCGGAGUCCUGGUCUGGGCCACAGGUUCAACAAGAUUUAGACAUCGUCUCUCAGCAAGCGUACCAUGCGGAUUUUAAUUUAAAGCAAAGCUUAUUUCGCAUCGGCGACGAUUGCAUUUACGAUAGGUGUUCGGAAUGCGGAACGAUAAGAGAAGAGUAUUCCGACGAAGAGCUUGGAUUGUGCAUAAUAACCUUGGGAACGUUUAUUCAUCGAGAACCAUCUCUAGCGGCGCCAUUACUGCCGGAAAUACUCGGCGUAGUUACCAAGGUUUCGCUUAACGCAAUGUACCCAUGGCAAAGCGAAACGAAUAUGCACCUCCCGGGUGGUGCGGUCAGCGUAGCACAUCAAUUCCUCAGAUGUGUUCUUCACCAAUUGGCACCCAAUGGAGUAUUUAUGCAAAUGUUUCAGACUCAUUUGAAUGAAACGACAAGAUUGCAGUUUUUCAAAAGCGUUGCACAAGCUUUGGUCGACUUUAACGAGUUAAAUCCGAUCGCGCCCUUGCAGUUGUUGCUUGAGACAUUAAAUAUGAAAAAAUCAUUAUCGUUGGAACGGCUGCCAGUAAUAUUGUAUAAUAUUGCGUGUUACUUGGAUUGUCUACCAUUGGAAGCAGGACUAGGUCCUGCUGCGGCCACGUGGAGUGGACUGCUUACACAGUUCGAUGGAUUGUUUCGAAGACUCGUUCUCAUGCUUCCUUCCAUCGAGGAUAUCACUCCUCUCUUGCGAAUUAUGAUUUCGAUAUUAAAGGUUCCAGGAAUUCAACAAUCGAAGGGAAUGCUGGAUCCAUUCUCCAAAGUAUUAAGUUACGCCAUACAAAACUCAACACUGCAAUACAAUUAUUUAACGGACUUGUGCUAUUUGUGCCAUAGAGGAUUUACCCGUGAUCGUGACAAACACUUUUUUGGGAGGACGCUUGUAUUCGAGUUAAUGCAGGCCAUUAAAUUUAAGAUUACAAUACCGGACUCCAAUUUUUUGUUACUGCUUCAGUUUGUGCUCCAAGACAUUGGAGGAUCCUUGCCUAAUAGUGUCGUGGCGAUGGAGAAUAAUAUUCAAACAGACAUGUCGCCGAUCUACAACACGAAUGCCUCUGAAUCUUUAAAGAAUCAGUUGUCGGAUGUCCUAGACUUUCUAACUGAUUUUCAUACUUUAAGCAAGAUCAAGAGUUACAACAAAGGUAUGCAAGCGGGAUUGAACGAGGACACGAUAGGUGGGAUGUUAAAGUGUGGCCUUGCUCAAUACGUAGCUUUAGAAAUUACGAGAGGCAACAAUAGAGAGAACAGAGCCGUCGCGCGUUACUUACCAUGGUUAUACACCGCACCGUCUAUAACGCAAGGAGCUCGCGAAUACGUCGAUUGUAUCGGCCACAUCAGACUGUUAUCCUGGCUGUUACUGGGAUCGCUUACGCACAUAGCAAUGUUUACUGGCAACAAUAACAGUCAUUCUCAUUCAACGAUACCAUUGGCGCAACCGAUACCUCAAGAAGUGUCUUGCCACAUCGCGGAUCAUAUACAAGUCAUUUUCUCGGGAUUUCCGGAACAAUCGAAAACCUCGGUUCUCCACAUGUCGUCGCUGUUCCACGCGUUCAUCCUUUGCCAACUUUGGACGAUGUAUUUGGAAGAAAUGUCGAAAAAUAACGUAACAAACAGUGAGAGCCACAAUGUCACCAUGAAUAUCUUGUUGGAAUUUUGGGGCAAGAUAACGCCAUGCAUUUUGCAACUCGUUUCCUACUCAAAAGCUCUCUCUGAAAUGCUUAAUUUGCAUUUCUUAAGCUUGUUAGAGGCCUUGUUGGAAUGCGGAUCGAUUCUGUUGAGUAAAUUACUACCUCUAUGGAACGCCAUAUUAUUUUCUCAUCAUGUUCAGCUACCAGGGCACUUACAAAUGCGAUUGCAGAAUUGCCGCGACUUUCCACCAAACAGAAUGGCGGAGAAUUUCGUUACUAAUCGAAGAGAAUCGAACACGAUACUCUUACGAUGGUUGCAUCGUUUGCAGUUUAAGAUGGGUCAAAUAGAAAUGCAAUCUUCUACCGCCACGCAAUUCUAUUCUAUUUAAAGAAAAAAAACGAGCUUAAAAACGAGCUUUACGAAUUAGAUAAAUAUUCGUUAAAGAAAGAAAAUAGAUCAAAUAAAAUGGAAUGUUACAAGAAAAGUAGUUCUUUAAAUUGUAACUACCAUAAUUUUAAUAAACCGUUAAAUUUAAACU